AUGGCUCAGCGCGGUUCUCUGCUCAAGCAGCAGAAGCAGCGCGAGGAAUGGCCUCAUGAGGAGAAGAGACACGUUUUCUCGGGGCUUUUGGCAUCGGUGGCUCAGGAUUCCGCUCUGUUGACGGACGACGGCCUUAGCGCGCACCGAGGCAGCAAGAUGAGCUCCGGCAAAUACUUCUCCACGAGUGGUGCCUCGGUGGCUCACCAGCAAAACGUGGCAGAUUCGCCAGGCCUGCAGCAGAGCAGUGUUGCUGUGAGCCGUAGCGCUACCAAUGCCACCUCUGAUCCCAGCUGGUUGGUGUGCAGCCCCUCGCCGAAACGUGCGACAUCUCAAACCGCGAGGACUCGGCAAGCACAGCGGGUCAGUCGACAACAGGAGACCUCUCUCAUUGUCUCGCUCGCUCAACAGCUACAGGCGACCCGGGAAGAGGUAUGGCGCGAUGUUCAGGACAGCGUGAAGCGCGAGACUCCGGCCCGACAGCCACCUCUGCCUCCUCCCAAGACUUCUGGGAUGGCGAGCUACACGCCACCUAGGUUACCAGAGCACCACGGCAGAGGCAUCGGCGACAAGUCGCCCUUCGUUUUCACAACCAACACCAACAGGAGAUCGGCUGCUGCUGUUACCACUGUGUCUUCACAGGCUUUGUCAGCUUCAGCCGCGCCGUUUGACGCCCUCCAAGCACAGCUCUCACCAUCGGCGCUUACGAUGGCCACAGCCAGCGGAGACGUGGGGGCGGCCGAGUCGCUGGCAAUGGACGAGGAGUUGGCGAUGCGUGAGCGAAUCGCCGCGCGGAGGCAGCGGCGGAGCGAAAACGUACGCGCCGUGCACGACAGAGCAGCGGAGCAUCAAAAGCGCUACUACGAGCGCCUCAGCGAGACUCGCGAUCGAGAGUUGGCGGAGCACCUUCGCGGCGAAGUAGCUCGACAGACGGCGGUGCAGGCCGCUGCGGAGGCCCGUGUGGCCCAGGUGCGUGCCGCGUUGCCGGACCAGUCGGAGCUCGUUACCAGCGACGAGCUCUUUGCUAUUCGCCUACACGCACAGCAGCUGGAGCGGCUGCGGGAGCAGGUGCGGCAGGUGGUGGGGCAUUCACCUUCGUCCCGUGUCGGAACAACUUCCGUGCCCUUGGUGGAUGAGCUGUCCGCGACGAGCCCCUCCUCUUUGUCGAUCCCAGUGAUUGCGACGAGCAAGAGCUGCAACACCGCAGCACCGCAACACGAGCACAUCAAGGAGGGAGUCGCACCGACAGUGCAACAGGAGUGCAACGCUGCUGAUGCGCAGGGGGAUCGACAGAACCCACCUGCUGGGAUCGUGGCUGCCGCAGCCUCGGCGCAUACCAACUACAGCGAAGUGGCCAUCGACCCAAGUGGUGCUGGUGGCGAGGGUUGCCGUAGUGCUGGUGCGCCAUCUGCAUCGACGCAGAUACCUGUAUGUGCUGCGCAGGAGGCGACACCAGAGCAUGCUUUGCUGGCACAUCGAGUCCGUCCGUCGUCGUCUGCUCAGGACCUCGCACAGAAACACGUGGCAGAGCUUCGCCAGAGCCGCAGGGCCACGCCUGCUCACCACAACAAACGAGAAGCAGGAAAGGCUGUGCACGAAACCGUCGACGGAUCUGUCGGAGGCUCCCUGGACGAGGACUGGGUGACUUCGACGCAGCUACCGCCUCCUUUCGCUGAUGGUCAAGUCAAAGCCGGGUUGCAGGCGAAGACGCCAUCGCCAUCUCCUGUCAGGCCGCAGAGCGCUGCGCCGUCGCGCUUGACCUCUCGCGCCGAUGCCCUUGACACUGAGGGGCUAAUUCAGGCGAUGCCAGCGAAGUCCACCGUCUCCACUUUGGCUAACGUUGCACCUUCACCGACACGGCCUUCGCAUGCACUGGCGGUGUCCGAAAAUGACGACGCCGAACGCGACAUGCUGUCGUCACCUCCGUCAGGUGGCUACGGCGACUGCGGCGAGAACGAAACAGGAUCUAAACCCCCAGAUCGCACCCUCUCGAUUCAGUUCACCCAUCUCCACGUCUCCCCGAGGCGCGGCACGGCGUGGAAAGAUGAUUCGACAGUGUCUGACACGUCAUCCUCAUCCUCUGCCUGGGUGCCCGCGCCUAUGUUGUCGUUGCGGGCGUCACGCAGUACCUCUCGUACUGAAAGCUGCGCGAGGCUACCGGCUUCACGGACGCGUAGUCCCUUAUGCAACAGCCGUGGAAGCCAGUCUUCCUCUGUACCUCCGCGCCGCGCUGGCGCUGUUAGUACAGGCAGCAGUGUGCUGACCUCACCCCGCGCAAUAACACAUUCAGCUUUAUUAAGCAAAGUUGCAGAUCCGCUGCAGACCCACCGACGCGCCGUGCAGCACGAGAUGGACAAGCGCACUGUCUUGCGCGCGCAGGCCGCGCUUUCAAAGCAUGGCGUUGCGGUGGAUGUCCAGCUGGCUGGACGUCGUGUGCCGUCGCUGGUAAAGCUAUCGAAGGACGGAGCGGAGUUACUGUUCUAUCUCGAUCGAGUUGAACAAGUGCCACUGCAGACACCAUGCGCCUCUCCGCAGCGGUCGUUGCCCGCCUCCUCUGUAAGAUUUGCACCGCUCUCCCCGUCGUCUGCAGCAGCCGUGUCGCACGUACCUGAGGGCGGCAAUGCACCUGGCAUGGUAAGUCGAGCACCACAGGUAUCUUCCUCGUCGUCUCCAACAGCAGCACGGGCGCCACGCUUCCACCCACCAUGGAUCCCUGGCGCGGCGACUCCUGUCGCAUCAUCUAUGCAGCCAUACAAGGCUUUGGUGAAGAUGCCACCCGCUGGCACGCUCGUGAAGCGGAAGGCGACUGUAGGGCGAGGGGGCGGCGCCAUUGCGGCACCACCACGGGGGUUUGUGCAGUCGUCCUCACAACCGCAACAACAGCGGUUAGUUGCCACCGCACCACCGCAGAGCGGGGGUGCUGCGCCGUUACCGUCCCCGUCGCCGCUCCGGUCGCAGCGUGCGGCACCACUACUUCUGAGGCAAGACAUGUCCCAGUCCACUGCCUCUGCCACUCGACUGAUGCACGUGCGGGAGCUGCACCACUUUCCCUGCGCGUACUCUCGUGUGUACGUCCCUUUUGGCGUCAUGGGUUAUGAGAGAGACCUCGGCCUUGGCGGCCCACGAACCUGGGAGGAUGUCCGCGGCGUCCUCUGCGGGCCCGCCAGCUUUGAGGUCCUCCGGCGCUACCGCUGUCCGCUGUUUGCCGAGGUGCGGGGGCCGUUGUGUGCUCCAUAUCGUGUGUAUGUUAUCAUACCGGAGUUCAAGCGGAUCGACGUGCCGCAGGAUGCAGUGCUGCUCGUGCUCGACUUCCAGCAGCGCGUUGACUGGGUGCUCUUCCUCUUGGCGAUGCAGCGCGACGUGUUGGACAGAGGGGAUAGCGGCGAUGGCGGCGAUGGCGACGUUCUCACGCCCCGGUCGAACCUCAACGGCAACGCAGCGCGAUCUCCAGUUCUGUCCUACGGUCGCGCUCUGUGGAUGCUGGCGGCGCAGCGCCUCCAGAGAGCUCGCGCACUGCAGGGGAUGAACCCCUUCGACUUUGAGAGGAUGUGGCACACCCGUCCUCCUGCCCAACACGGGAGCCGUAGGGCUGACGGAAGCAGCGCGUGUGGCGCGCCAUCUAUGGGGACGUCUUCCCUUGCGAAGGGGGCGGCGCAUUCGCUGGCGGGGGGUGCUGCGGCCACCGGUCGAUUCGCUGCCCUACCAUCGACCUACAGCGGUCACGACCGCGGCGCUAGGUCGAACGUACGCCCUUCAUCAACCGUGUUUACCUCCGUGCCCGCUGGCGGGAGAAACGACUCACUGGCCCGCCGCAGAGACCCGGGACUGGGCUUGGGGUGGGAGGUCCCUUUGGCGACGGAGGUGGUCGGCAGGAGGAACCACAGGGGUGGUGGCUCUUUCUCUCGGAACUCCAGCCAGCGCACUCCCUCUGCGCGACCGCAGGCAUCCUCUACAUCAAGAGCAGGGGCAACAGUGGCACCAGUGACACCGCAAGAGACGUCGAAGCCACGAUUUCAGCUGCUGAAGCGUGUGACGCGCAGCCUGGGCGUCCGCAGUUUCCGUAAAGGCGAUUAG